AUGGCCUCCUCUAUGACAUACACUCUCCUCCUCUUAACCCUCCUCAUGGUCAUCUCAACCACCUUCAUUCCAAUUAAUGGAAAAUUUUCGGAACAAUUCGCCGAAACCAAGGCCAAGUCUCAUGUCAACAACAUGAUCCAUCUCCAUUUCUACUUCCAUGACAUAGUCAGUGGAAAACAUCCAACUGCUGUGAGAAUUUCCGGGCCUAAAAACGCUUUUGGUGCCACCGCGAUGAUUGAUGAUCCUUUAACUGAAGGGCUCAAGCCUGGUUCCAAACUUGUGGGAAGAGCUCAGGGAAUGUAUGCCUUGGCUUCCCAACAUGAUACAGCUCUGCUUAUGGUUAUGAAUUUUGCUUUUCUGGAAGGUAAGUUUAAUGGGAGUGCACUUAGCAUUUUCGGGCGCAAUCGAGUGUUUGAUAUGGUGAGGGAGAUGCCCAUUGUUGGUGGCAGUGGGCUUUUCCGACUGGCUCGAGGUUACGCAUUGGCGAAGACGGUGAGAAUUGAACAGAAAACUGGAGAUGCUGUAGUGGAAUACAAUGUGUUUGUAGUGCUUGCUUAA